GUCAACAAGCGAAACCGUGAGUUUGAGUUGUGGCGACUAAAACACGCCCCGUUUUUUUUGUCGUCACGCAAGUUUAAGACAAGAAGGUUGAAAAGCCAUAAAGGUAACCAUAUCCAUCCUUUGGUCGUCGUCCAGUUCGUUGUGCAAGGGUAUUUUUCUCUUGGUUUUCUCCAGAUUGGACUUUGAACAUUUUGAGGGUUCCAGAGCUAGUCCAUGGUACAUUGUGAAAUGUUGGGGACCGUUCUCCCAGUUCUACUGGCCAUACUGGCCUACAGACUGUACAAGUGGGCUCGAGGCCUUCCCCGUAUCUCCAGUACUGCUGAUAAGUAUGUGCUCGUCACGGGGUGUGAUACGGGUUUCGGCAAGCUGCACGCACAACGGCUGGAUAAGCUGGGGUUCCAUGUGUUCGCAGCCUGCCUGACAGAAAAGGGACAGCAGGACCUGAAGCAGCUGUGUUCUGACCGUGUGGUUACCAUGGCGAUGGACGUCACCAGUCACGACAGCAUCCUGAAGGCACGUGACAUCGUCAAGACCCAUGUUGGAGAGAACGGAGGGCUGUGGGGUGUUGUGAACAAUGCCGGGAUAUUUGGAACCCUGGGUCACAUUGAGUGGCAGACCAGAGAGGACUACUUCCGAACUUUCAACGUCAACGUGUUCGGGCUGGUCGACGUUACGCGUACCUUCCUCCCGCUGCUGAAGAAAACACGCGGCCGUGUUAUCAACGUCUCCAGCAUAUACGGCAGGAACGACCCUGGCUCGGGUGCAUACGGCGCAUCAAAGUUUGCUGUGGAAGGGUACUCCGAUUGUCUCAGGAGGAUGAUGCGUCCUUACGGUGUCUCAGUGCACAUCAUGGAGCCUGGAGUCUUCAAGACCGACCUGACGUCUCCCGAGGCGUUUGAGCGCAUGAUGCAGCAGUCGUACGACAAACUUGAACCUGAUGUCCAGGAGUGGUACGGAGAGGAGUUCUUGAACCAUGCAAAAGAUACAGCUAAAAAGAUAGCUGCCGACUUUGGCUCUACCAACUACAACCACGUGGUAGACGCCGUCGCCCACUGCCUGACGGCUGUCCAUCCCCAGAGCCGGUACGUGUGCGGCUGGGACGCACGGCUGCUCAUGAUUCCCCUGGCAUGGCUGCCGACUGACGUGGGAGAUUUCCUUCUCCGCCUGUUGAUAGUCAAACCCAAGGUCCAACCCAAAGGAUUCAAACAGGACUAGUCUGAAUUUUGACAGUUUUUGUUUCCUUCGUUAUGUUGCUGUAAUGUCCUUGGAUAGAAUAAUUGUGUAACACCAUUUGUUUGCAGUUUAUGAGCAUACUGUAAAUGCAUUUAAGGUUGCGAGGAUUUACUUUUGCGGUAACAGGAAAAUGGAGUGUUCGCAGUGGUUUUAAGUUGGCGGUAGUGCCAUGUACUGUAGUCACAUACUAUAAGGGAAAAAUUUUGGCAGUGGUUUUAAGUUUGCGGUGAAGUGGCCACCUCAAAAACCACGAACAUAAAACUACUGCAAACAUUUAUGGAUUUACAGUAGUUCUAGAUGCCUGGAAUAGAUUGCUAUAGAAGUUGGUCUAUAGUUAAAGCUUGAAAAGAUUUUUGGUCCCUCUGACAGCUUUCCUUGGUACUGCAACAGAGCUGUGUUUUUUUUUGUAACUGUUUUUCUAAUCCUCUUUUGGGUGAAAUAAUAGUGUUUUUUUUUUACUCAGGCACAAAACAACACAAUUGGAAUUUGGAUAAUCUUACUUCUCACCUCUGUUGAUAAAUUAAAUGUCUCAGUCGUAACGAUACAUGUAGCAAUAAAUUUUUUUGAAUCCUUUUUUGGGUAAAAUAAUAGUGUUUUUUUUCAGUCCUGAACAAAACAACAAGUAUUGGAAUUCAGAUAAUCUUACUUCUCACAGUCUCACUCUAUGUUGAUAAAUUUGAUGUCUCACUCGAAAAGAUACAUGUAGCAAUAGAUUAUUAUAAUCACUUUAAGGUACGUGUAUUGUGCCAUAUGUUUGCUCGUAGAAUGCUCCAUUUUUAAUCAGCUAAUAUUUUAGUUCUGUGAGUUCUGAAAAGCACUGAUGUAAGUGCUGAAAGUAAGUUCCUCAUGCAAUCAUGUAUACAUCCCAUAUUUUCAAUGACUGUCAUAUGUGUAAGAGUAAGGAAAGUAUAUGUAGUUAAAAUGUAUAGUGGUGACUGAAAUGAAUUAUGAUGGAUAUAGGGACCACUAUUAGUAAAUUAAAAUUUACGGGGACCACUUUUUGUAAAUGUAAAGGUUAUGAUAUUAGGAAGCAAACUUAUCAAAAGUAGCUGGAUAUUGCAAGAGAAAGUGUUCUGAAGAGUCCAGACCACUUGUAGCUGUGACUAUAACAGAUGAUAAUGAUCAAUGAAAUGAAAUGAAAUGAAAUAAGAUUAAAUCUAUUGGUGCUUCCAGUAACACAUCAACAAUUUGUCUGGAGUGUUUUGAAUUAUUCUAUAGACCGUAAAAAAACCCUAUCCAAACCGAAAUGGAAAGCUCUUCAUACAGAUAAAGGCACAGGCAGUGCCGGUAGCAGUCACCGACGAGCAGCCGGUAGUGUCGCGGGCUUCGCUGACUUGCGGGUGCGGAAGGUAGGGUCCGGCCAUCGAGGCAAACCAUGGAGUUGAAGCCCAGAGCUGGACUCACUGGACAGAGCCGUAUGGAAGCACAGUGUGAAGACUGUCCGACUGCUGCCUACCCCUGUGACAGGGCUCCCAGCAGCAGUAUAAUCAAAAAUGGAUACGACGACUCUGAGUCAAUGUAUACUUAGUGUAAUUAUCACCCUUGUCAAGGAGGUUACACUUUUUACCAUUGUCUGUGUGCUAAUUGCGUUGUUUGUAAUGCUUAAGGAAGUCCUUGAUCAAUCAAAGGAAAUAAAUGCUUAAAACAACUAUUGUUGUUAUGCUGGGAUAAGCAAAGAAGGUUAGCAAAGAAGAAACACCCGUCCCAGCUUGUUUCAAAGUGCACCGCUAACAUUGUAACAAGAAACUAAAGCCCUUUGAAUUCAGAAAGGUAAAUUUUGGAAUUGUUGGUGUGUGUGUGUUCUUUUGUUGCAUGUUUGCGUGAUAACUGUGUUUUUGUUGUUGCAGCUAGGAACUUCACGUUUACACAAAGAACACACUACCUCAAAGAAUUGUCCUGCAACCAAGUUUAUUCUAAAGACAGUGUAGACAGUAGGAAAUUCUAGGAUACAAAGUUGAGCUUCCAAAAAAUACUCUAGUCUAUUUCCAAAUAGAGUCCAUUCCAAGU